UCGGAGCCUGCACCAUCCCGGGCCCGGGACAAAGCGGAGGCAGCAUGGAGCCCGGCAGCCGCGGAGCCGAGGACUUCCCGCUCAACAUGUUCUCCGUCACGCCCUACACACCCAGCACCGCCGACAUCCAAGUGUCGGAUGACGACAAGGCAGGGGCCACCUUGCUCUUCUCGGGCAUCUUCCUGGGCCUGGUGGGCAUCACGUUCACCAUCAUGGGCUGGAUCAAAUACCAGGGUGUCUCCCACUUUGAAUGGACCCAGCUCCUGGGCCCCAUCCUGCUCUCGGUCGGGGUGACGUUCAUCCUGAUAGCCGUGUGCAAGUUCAAAAUGCUCUCCUGCCAGGGCUGUAAAGAGAGCGAGGAGAGGGUCCCGGACUCGGAGCAGACGGCAGGGGGACAGUCGUUCGUUUUCACAGGCAUCAACCAACCCAUCACUUUCCACGGGGCCACAGUGGUGCAGUAUAUCCCGCCUCCUUACGGCUCCCCCGAACCCAUCAGUGUCAAUACUGCCUACCUGCAGCCCGUGGUGAGCCCCUGUGGUCUCAUUCCUCCCGGAGGGCCAGUGGCAGCCACGCCCAGCCCUCCGCAGUACUACACCAUUUACCCUCCAGAGAACGCUGCCUUCGAGGGGGACCAAGACUGCUAUUCCCUCAGGGAGGGCAGAAAUAACAGGGCUGAGCAGUUAGAAGCGACGCCGCUGGACCAUGAGGACUUGGCCUGCUUCUCUCCUCCCCGCUAUGAAGAAAUAUACUCGCUGCCUCGCUAGACACUCCUGGAUGCCUUCAAGACAGUCUUGAAGUCCUUGUUGCUGGUGCCUGCAGAGAUAAGACAGCAGUGCUGUCCUGCCUCCACACUCCAGGGGUGCCGGAGGGAAAGAGGGGGGCAACAUGUCUCCAAUGAGGAAACUGUGAGGUUGGGGUAGAGAAAUUCCCUUCCUGUCUAGUUUGGAAUCCCCUGCAUUGCAAGCAGGAAUUUCACCUGCAACCUAACCUCCUUUUUGGGAAAACACAUUGUCUCAAUCUGACCUCAAACCAUCCCCAGAAAGCAGGAGAUUGCUUUGGGGGUUGUGAGGGGAGGGAAGAGGGAAGCAGAGGAAUGAAUACAGGCUCUGUGGGAGGGUUCCCUGUUCUCAGUCCCGAAGAGCAUUUGUAUAUCUCCACUU